AUGGGAUUUGUGUUUAAAAGAGCAUGGGUGAUGAUGGUUGAUGAAGACAAUUGGAAUGGAAUGUUGGAAAAGCGUUAUAAUCAAAGAAGGUCGGUUGAAGAGAAAAAGAAUAGGAAGAUUGUGAAUAAAGAUAAUAGAGAGGAUGAUAAUUUGGCUUGUUAUAGCAACAUACUUUUGAGGUACAUAAAAGAUAAUAAAGAUACAAGGGAGAAGAAGAGAAAGAAGAUUGCUAUUUUGGAGUCUUUUGGCAAUGGGAAGGUAGAAACUAUGUGCAUUUUUGUGUGGAGAUUUUGGGAUAUUGGUGUUCAUAGGACUAGUGUUAUUAUUGACACUUGGAUAAGGAGCAUGUAUAGAGAUGGCAUUUUUGAAGAUUGGAAGAAGAAAUGGAGUAUUCACUUCGAGAUUUUCUCUCUCGGUUUUCCAGUUUUGGUGAGUGGCUUGGUUGGGAUUCUGGUGAUCGGAUCUCUUGCCGGUGCCGGAAUUUCAUCAUCGUUGAUUGAAUUUACUCUAAAAUCAAUUCCAAUUGUCUAUACGAUUGGUGAUCGGAUGUUCUGGAAAAUUGGAAGUAUGUUUGGCAUGAAUUAUAAAGAUCCACCUGAUCCAGCUAACAAAAAUCUAUAUGAAGAUGAUCUGGAAGCUGAUGUUGGAGCUAAACGAAGAGGAAGAAGAGCUAUGCACAAGGAAUUUUCUCCGUAUUCAAUGAUUAAACCAUUACGAUCAAAAGAAAAAAUGGAAGCUAAAAUUAAUCGGUUAAGGGAAGAAAAGAAGUAUCUGAAUGCGAAAUCUAUUGCUGAUGGAUCGAAAGAAGUUCUUCGAGCUGGAGUACGUGAAAUAAUAAAAUCAAAUUAUGGGAAAGAAAAUAUAGAUCCGCAAUUUAUAAAAUCGGAGUUGGAGGCAUUUGAUAAGAAUUUGGUGGGUGGAUCAUCUCCUUCGUCUCCUGUUAUUCAAGCGAACAUGGGAAUGGAUGCUGGAACUGUAGCUGGGUCGAACAAUAGAAUUUCAGCUGGAACAAAAAAUGACAAAGGCAUUUUGGUUGAUGAGCCGAAGAUUACUAAGGACUUCAUUUCAUCGGAAUUAAUGAAGAUGGGUUCGUAUGCUUCAGGCCCUGGUUCGUCUUCUUCAGGUCCUGGUCCAGUAAUUGAAACAAAUGAAGGGAAGGGCAUUUUGGGAAAGUUUCCUGUUUCGCAAGUUGCUUCAGUUAAUUCAGGUAUUCCGGUGGUCUUUAAUGCUAAUCCUAUUGACUCAAUUAGUUGUAAUACUAAUUGUAAUGAUGAAGAUAUGAAAGAUUCUAUUAAUGAGAAUGGGAAUUUGGAAGUUGGUUAUGGUAAUAAUAUGAAGAAAGAACAGGGAGCUAAUUUCUUGAAUAUGGAUUUUUCGAAACCUGUCCUCUCCCCUGCAGCUAAGUUGGUUAAUGAGUUCAAUAAAAAAUCUUAUGCUCGUAUGGUUGAAUCAACAAAUAAUGUGGUGGAUCUUAAUAUCAAAGUUAUUCCAAAAGUUGAUGGGAAACCUAGUGGGAAAGUUGAGUUACCUUAUGCAGAUUUAAUGUUGGGUGGUGCUCCUUAUCAUGCUACUUUGUAUGGAUUUUUUGUGGGGAAAAAGCUUGCUUUCCCAACAGUUAAUCAUUUUUCUUUUAAGAUGUGGAAGAUGUAUGGGCUGAAGGAUAUAAUGGUGAAUGAUGAGGGAUUUUUUUUCUUCAAGUUUGAUUCAAAAGAAGGAAUGAUGAGUGUGCUGGAGGGAGGUCCAUGGUUGAUUAACAAUGUCCCAAUGUUUGUUCAAAGAUGGAGGCCAGGUCUAGUUUUGAGUAAACCGCAAAUUAAUUCAGUUCCUGUAUGGGUUAAAGUGUUUAAUGUUCCUUUGGAGUAUUGGAACAGCAAAGGAAUUACGUUGAUUGCAAAUGAGAUUGGGAAACCAAUUGCUAUGGAUAAAAUCACUCAAAAAAUGUGUAAUGAGCACUGGGGAAGGCCAGCUUUCAUGCGAUUUCUUGUGGAAAUGUCAGCAGAAUCGGAAUGGAUGAAAGAAUUAAGUGUCGUCUCAAUAGAUUUUGGGACAGGAGAGAAAGUUGAAUCAAAGUGUAGGAUAGAGUAUGCAUGGAGACCUGAUAUUUGUAGUCAUUGCAAAAUUUACGGACAUAAAAAUAACAAUUGUGGGAUUCUAAAUGGAAAAAAGAAUGAUGGUGUUACUGAUGUUGCUGUUGACAGAGAAGAAAAUGGGAGAAAAGAGAAAGUGGAUGAUGAUGGGUUCAUAUUAGUAACAAAGAAAAACAAUAAAGGGCAGAAAUUUAAUACCGGAGUGGUUAUUAAUGAAGAAGGGAAAGUGGAUUUAAUCAAAUCAUUGGAGAAAAGCACCAAACCUGUUUUUGAAGGAAUGGUUGUUAGCAAUAAUGAUGAAAGUCUUAAGGAUGAGGGUAAUCAAGGAAUGGAAAAAAGCAAAAAAAUUAAAGAACAAGAAAAUCAAAAAGGAGGCCAAAAUGAAGAUCGAAGCAAUGAAGGGGUAGAAAAUCGGAAGAAUGGGGGUAAUUUCUCAAAAUUUGCUGUGGGUAAUCUAAAAAAAGAUGGGAAAGAGAAAGGGGUAUUUCAGUCAAAAGAUGAUAAAAGUGGGAGAAAGAAUGGGACAGGGGUGUUCAUUCCAAAAGAGAAAUUAGGAACAAGAGUGAAGAAUGUAAUUGAAAACUUUAAUGCUAAAAAAGAUGGAAUGCAGGGGAAAAGAGAAGAAAAUCAGAAAAAAGUGUAUGUUCCUAAGAAGCAAGUGGAGUUAAAAGUGAGUUCUAAUUUUGAUAAUUUAGGUUCUACGUCAGGAAAAAUUGAUCAAGAUGAAAUUACAACACAAAACCCAUUUGAUGUUCUUGCUGAUUUGGGUUUAAGAGAUAUGUCUUAUCUUGAUGAGAUGGAUUCGGAGAUUUUAACUGGAGGUGGCCAGGAGAUAAGCACCGAAAAUAAAAUUGGUGAUUAA